UUGUCAUUCGCAGGUGUUGACGUAGAUGAUUCCAUUGCAUUGCACCUUUUUAAUUAAAACUCUAAUAGAAUUGUUUAUAAAAAAUAAAUAUAAUUAACGAAAAUGUCAACAGAUUGGGAUGAGGUCAAACGAUUGGCAGCCGAUUUCCAGAAGGCUCAGCUAACAUCAACUUUGCAGAAAUUAUCCGAACAUAAUUGCGUUGAAAUUGUCACCUUGCUGCUGGAGAAAAAACUAAUUGAGGUGGUCUUUACAAACGAUGGUAAAGAAUAUAUAACACCCGAGCAUUUGGAACGUGAGGUACAAGAUGAGCUCUAUGUGAACGGAGGCCGUGUUAAUUUGGUGGAAGUUAGCAAAAAUUUAAAUGUAGACCUUAGUCGGAUUGAAGAGGUGGCCAAGAAAAUUGCCUUGGAAAACCCAACCAUUCACCACAUCUUGGGUCAAUUGAUAGACGAAGACUACAUCACCUAUAUUGCCCAGGAGAUCAAUGAAAAGUUGGCACAAAAAGGUGAAAUAUCUGUCAAUGAUUUGACUGAACAGUUUGAUCUGCCAUCGGACUUCUUGCAACGGGAUGUGUUGGAAAAACAUUUGGGCAAAAUUAUCAAGGGUCGUCAAGAUCCCUCAAAUCCCAGGGUCUUUUUCACACAAGCCUAUUUGCAAAGAUGUAAGGCCAAAAUACGUGGUGCCUUGGCCGCUUUAACCAGACCCACAAAUGUCUCAGCCAUACUGCAACAAAUUAAUAUUCAACAGAAAAUCUUCCACACAUUGGUGGAUGAGAUAAAUCCAGCCGGCCAUGUUACAUCGAAAUUGGCCAAUGCCCAGUAUGUGCCGAAUGUCUAUGCCAAAAUGCAAUCAGAUUGGGUUAAUAAUUUCUAUCGUCAAAAUGGUUUCCUGGAAUAUGAUGCCAUUAACAAAUUGGGCAUCACCAAUGCCAAGCAAUUUAUUAACAAACAAUUCCCCGAUGAGGAGUUAUUGUACCUGAAGCGAUGUGCUGUCAGCUCUAAGUUAAUUGAUUUGACUGUUAUGCCUGCCCUGUCGGCAGCCAAACAAUUUGUCGAUUUAUCCACCCUGUUGCCUUCGAACAUGACAUCCUCCGAUAGGGAGGAGCUUUUUGAGGCCAUAAUGUCGAAAAAUACCUCAGCUCUGCCGAAUUUUGUGUUAAUUGGAGCCAAUUCGGGAUCUUCGGUGGUAUUUACACCACAAUAUUUGGAGGAGUUGACACAACCUUGUCGUGAAUUGGCCUGUAGUAAGGCAAAGGCUUCCGUUGACAGCGGUAGUUAUCAGCAAUAUAUUGCUACCAAGGCAUUGGCGGCCAAGUCGGCCCAACGUCGUGGUGGUGAUGAUGAUGACGAUGAUAAGUUGGAUAAACGUGAUGAGCGCCGCAAAAAAGCUGUCUCUGGCAAGGCCGGUGGUGGAGCCCAGGGACGUGAAACUAAAACGAAAUCUACCAAGAAACAUCCCCGCGGCGGCAAAAAGGGAGGUAAAAAUGAUUUCGACAGUGAUGAUGACGAUGAGGUUGGAAACUCUAGAGCUGGUGGUAAUAGUAGCAGUGGCGCCAAGAAACAAUUGGAAUUGGUUACCAUUAAUGAUAUUGUCAAGAUAUUGGAAAAGGAAACUUCGUCACUGGGUAUAGAUGAUUUGAAUGAAGAUAUUGCCAGCAUGUAUCAUGAUCAACUCAAUCAAUUGGCCUUGGCCAAGGCCCAGGAGUUAUAUGAAAUCACCCUGCAGAAGAGUGCUGCUGGUAGUGGUCAAUCCCAUGCUAGUGUACAAGAGAAAAUCAAUACAUUGUUGGUCGAUUUAAGGCUCUAUGAAAAGGGUCUGAAGCUCUUCCCCGCCAAUGCCCAACAGGAUUUGAUGAAAUAUUUGCUCAAAUCCCUUGGCAAUGAUAUCAGCAAUGAGCUGAUACUCUACAUUGCCAAUGAAUGUCAAAUUGAGGUAAAAAAUUCCAACUUAAAUGUGGAUCAACGUAACAAAUUGGCUCAAGAGUGUGGUGGCGAUUACAAAACCGUUCUGCUGGAACUCAACAAGGCCAUUAACAAGACAAUUGAUGAAUUCGUCUUGGCCACAGAAAAUGUUCUGAAAAUAUGCAGUAUGAUUGUCAAGAAGGUUGACAAGAAAAAGGAUCGUCAAUUGAUAAUACAACACCGUGAAAAAUUACUGGAACAACUGCAACAAUGUUCGGAACCUGCAUUGAUAUUGCAUUUAACUUCAUUGAUUUUAAUCACCACCAUUACGGGUUGCAUUCUGCAUGCCAGCGGCAAAUUUGUAUCACAAAUUUUGGCAUUUAUUAAUCCCUCAAUGGCCGAUGAACAAAAUAAAUUGUUGGCCAAGUAUCAUGAUUUGGUUAUCAGUGUCUUACGUUUAUCCGCCGAUUCUGAGGAAUAUUCGGCGGCAAACAAUGAAUUGUCUGAACUGGAACCCCAAAUCAAACAAUUGGCGGCAACAUUUGAAAAGCCUGGUGUUUCAAAAUCAGAGUAAAUUGUUGUUGUUGCAUUUGUAUAUAAUUCCAAAAUAUUGCAAUAUUUGUUUUAUUUUUUUAAUUAGUUUUCUUUGGUUCUUUUAGAAACUUCCUGUAAAGUUUGAGAUUUUUAUAUUAUUUUUUUAGUAAAGGAUUUUGAGCUUAA